GAUGUUUCUUUCAGGAUAAGUGUGGCAAAAAGGCAGGGUUGCCUUUCCCUCUGAGGUCUGUGUGUUCCUUUCAACAUGGCUGGAGGCAUCACUGAUACAGGGGAGCUCUAUUCUCCUUAUGUUGGCCUGAUUUAUAUGUUCAAUCUCAUAGUUGGGACAGGAGCUCUAACAAUGCCAAAGGCUUUUGCUGCUGCUGGUUGGCUUGUCAGCCUCAUCUUAAUAAUGUUCCUGGGGUUUAUGAGCUACAUGACCACAACGUUUGUAAUGGAGGCCAUGGCUGCUGCAAAUGCCCAGCUUCGUUGGAAGAGGAUGGAGAAGCACAAGGAAGAUGAUGAUGAAGAUUCAUCAUCUGGAGUUUCCGAUAGUGAUGUUCUUCUCCCAGAUAGCUAUGAGCGAUCAGAGACGCGGCCAAUCCUGUCUGUUCAGAGACGAGGAGCACCCAAUAUUUUUGAAAUCACAGAAAGGAUAGAGAUGGGUCAGAUGGCCUCCAUGUUCUUUAAUAAAGUGGGAGUCAACUUGUUCUAUUUCUGUAUAAUCAUCUACCUCUAUGGUGAUCUGGCAAUCUAUGCAGCUGCAGUACCAGUUUCUCUUAUGCAGGUGACCUGCAGCGUGAGUGGCAAUCAUUCAUACAGCGAUGAAGAUGGCUCGAAGUAUAAUGACACCGCCAAGUGCUGGGGCCCAAUCAGGCGGAUUGAUGCUUACAGAAUUUAUUUGGCAGUCUUUACACUCCUGCUGGGUCCAUUCACCUUUUUUAAUGUGCAGAAAACAAAAUAUCUACAGAUUAUUACAUCACUGAUGAGAUGGAUAGCAUUUGUCGUCAUGAUCAUUUUUGCCCUCAUCCACAUUGCCAAGGGCCAGGGGGAAGGUCAGCCCCCUCUGGCGCAGCUCUCGGGGAUCCGCAAUCUGUUUGGAGUGUGUGUUUAUUCCUUCAUGUGCCAGCACUCCUUGCCAUCCCUCAUCACUCCCAUCUCCAAGAAGAAGCAUGUUAACAAGCUGGUCCUGCUGGAUUACAUCUUAAUCCUGGGUUUUUACAGCCUCCUCUCCUUCACCGCUAUCUACUGCUUCCGCAAUGGGACUCUCAUGGACAUGUACACACUCAACUUCACCAGUGGUCAAAUAGUCCCUUAUGCCUUUCUGCACUAUUUCCUGGGCCUUUUUCCGGUGUUCACCAUCAGCACUAAUUUUCCUAUCAUCGCUGUGACUCUGAGAAACAACUGGAAGACUCUUUUCCACCGGGAAGGGGAAACCUACCCAUGGGUAGUAGAUAGGAUUUUUUUCCCAGUUAUCACUCUAAUUCCCCCCAUCCUCGUGGCUUUCUGCACUCAUGAUUUGGAGUCCUUGGUGGGCAUUACUGGGGCCUAUGCUGGGAAUGGGAUCCAGUACAUCAUCCCUGCUUUCUUAGCAUAUUGUAGCCGAAAAGACACUCAGCUGGUUUUUGGAAGCGGCACGCUCAAUAAACAUUUGUCUCCAUUCCGGCACACAUUCUGGAUUGGGUUUGUGCUCCUCUGGGGUCUUUUUUGCUUUAUCUUUGUAACUGCAAAUAUCAUUUUUAGUGAAACAAAGUUCUGAUGAUGAAACAGUACUGCUUGUCAUACAGACACUUUAAGGUGACUUACAGGGUCCGUUAGCCGUGCACCCAGUAAGAACUUUUCUAAACAGUCAGCUCACUAAUACACUCUUGAGUGUGAGACUUGAGCUGGAUGCUGAACUUGUCAAUUUUGAUUGCUGGGCUUCCUGUUCAAUUGCUUUUUAAGUUAACUUUCCCACCGACAUACACAGCUAUGGCUUUGAAUACUUCACUAGGCUGCUGUGCUUGCCCAAUAUCUGACUUUUUUUGCCUUGAUCAGAGAUUCCCCUAUGGAAUGUCUUCCUCUCCAUUGUGCUGUGAUCUGUCAAGAGACUGUUGGAUACACAUCUCCUCUCCAAGGAUAAUGCAGAAGACCAUUAUUGCUGGAAUAAGUCAAGCCAACAGUCUGUUCACAUUUUUAGCUAAAGGGGGGGGGGGAAUCAGGAGCAGGAUGUGGACAGCUGGUUGAAGCAGGCUUCACAGGAGUUGCUGUUUUCCAGGGUGAGAGGGCCAACCUAAACUAAAGAAUGGCAGAGGAAGACAUCCAGUGGCACCAACUUCCUACCUGCCCAGUGGUACUUGAAUAGUUACCAUUUUUUUCUCAGCAUUUAUUUCCUUUUAUUUGUUACAGCCUUUUUAACUUACAUUUUUCUUUGUUUUGUCUAAUGUGGCUUUUGGUGUCCUAGAAGAUGGUGUGGAUCUAAAUGAAAUGGUUUCAUCUGAAAAGACUGCAACUAUGUUUAUUUUUCUCAUGCCUUUUGUGUUUGCCGAUCUUAUUUCCUCUCCUUAGUUGCUUAUAUACCAUGUGGUUGCUGAGAGGCAAGUGCUGCUAAGAACUGCUGAGCCUUGCUUCACAAGGAAUAAAAGGGAAAACCUGCUCCCACAGUUCUAUUGUGCUGCUGAGCAGCUUCAGCCAUUGCUACAGUCCUCCCAUUUCAUGCCAGUGCUGGGGCAUGGGGCAGGCCAAGGCUGCCACAGUCACUGUAUGGACAUGACAGUGCUAACUACCUGCUGGACAGGUAAUGUAUAAAAGCAACUACAGAGUGCAUGGACAUCUCUAAGCACCUUAACUGGGCAUUGCUAGAUGUGGGGCUUAGCACUUAACCAUGUCUUGAUGCAGAAUAAUUAUAUGCAAAUGUAACCAGAGAGAAUAAAAUGGAGGCUAAGAGAAUGUCACUCCGAAAA